AUGGCCAAGGAUACAACUGAAACUUCUGAAGAAGAAUCUUCCUUCAUCGAAACAAUCGACCCCCCGCUCUCACCAUUUCCUUGCCCUCCGCCAGUCAUAAUCUACCCCAAUGUGCCUGGGCUCGAACAUGGCAUUCAUGACACCACAUUCAAUAUACCUCCGGAAGGAAGAAGGUUGGCUAAGCAUGCCAUGACUUUUGCGGACUACGAAUCGGCUAGAAAUACGGAUUUAUAUAUGCUUCAUGCCGUUGAGUUUGAACUUUGCCAAGGAGAUACCCUGAUCUUCGUUGAUUUGCCAAAUAUACCAAAAGACACGCGCAAGUUGGCCGACUGCGAUAACAUUGUCUUUAAAUCUCAGAAAUUUCUAGUCCAUUCUAAGAAACUCUUGGCCACCGGGUCGACUAAAUUUGCCGCCAUGCUUGGUCCUUCUUACCAGUUCCGUGUUCAAAGACGACGAAAGUUGGUCAAUAAACUUCCUGACGGCGUGAAAUACUUGCUCGAUCUCACUCCUCCGUCCGAAGGAGACGAACUGGUAUUCCAGAUGACAGAGGUAUCUCUGACUCCUGGAAUCAUGAACUGGUGGACAUCCUAUCGUUUUCAUGGAGCGGAAAUUGGGCUUGUAGCAGGCCAUGAUGAUAUUUGUUGUUGCAAGAGACAAGCAUCCUCCUACCUAGGCUUUGAUUCUGACGAAGACGACAAAUAUGACAGUACUGGGACAAGAAAGCCUAAAUCUUUAGGAGCGGGUGUAUUGCUUCCACCAACGCCGCUUACAUUGAUGAGAAUGAAGGCUCAAGACAAAGACAAGUUAUACGAAACUCCAGAAUUUCGCCAGAUUCCUGAUUAUUGUCCCAUCAGACACAGAAACGGCAUCAUACGUUUACUUAUCUUACUAGAAGGGAGAGAAAUAUCGAUGGAUUCUGCUGCUCGCAUGUGGACAAUGGUUGCUGUAGCAAAGAUCCUCGACUGCACUUCAGUCGUCCGCGACAAAGUAGCCCAGUGGAUGCUGCACGAUCGCAAUGCUCGUUUUAUUGAAGUAUUACCCGAGGAGGCUCUCAAAAUCGGAUAUGAUCUCCGGCUUCAAGAAGUAACACAAACCGCUUUUCGUAUCCUUGUCAACGAAAUGGCCCUGGAAGAGGCAGCCACGGAUCACGGCUCUCUCCCGAGGCGGGCCAGAACAACCAUAUUUGGAAGACGCAUUGGCGAAUGCAGUGACGAACUGAGCAAUCUGAUACAACAUGCUUCUCGAACUCUGGUUGAGAGAGUAACAAGAACCAAUCUAGAGCUUCAAAGUCCAGAUCUUUUUGACCGUUGGGCUAUUGGGGAAUGGGGCAAGUUGAGAUCAUUGGAGGCUCUCCUUUCAACGCAACAGCCUGGUGAAAACCCCGGCAGCAGUGAUUUCAGCAAUGCACUUGACCAUUUGAACCGUCUCAUGACUCAGCUUAGGUUUGUUAUCGGCCGCAAGUACAGUCUGAGUGCAGAGUCCUUUGGUACCAGCUCCCCAUUCCUCAUGGGUAUGGACAUUGAUCGUGCCACUUAUGUGCACCCAAUGGACUUUGAUGAGUUGGGGCAAAUCUUGGUACGGUUUAAUCCACCGCAAAAGCUCUUGUGUCCUUUUAUAUAUAAUGAAAUGAGCGAUCGAUGCCAUGCGAAUUUCUUUACCGAUCCACAUCCUGAUAAAAGGGACGUCCAAGAACCGUCAAUUCCCGCGCUGCUAGACAAUUUCCAAGCUUCUCUAGAGUGGCUCGUUUCGAAGCACCCGGAUUUGAUCGACAGGCCAGAGUGGCAAGUCAUUGUUAAUGGGGAAAUCGACAAGAAUGCAAGCCCCGUUUUCAGAAUCAGGCUUCCCAUUGUGGCAUUACUAGAGAUGGAACAACAAGUCAAACAUGCCAUGCAACCCCUCACACGCUCUUGGGUCCGUCAUGAAAUCGAACCCCCGGCCAACAUUACUCGCCACUUGUUGCUGACACUUGAUCACGAGGAAAUGAAAUUCCUACCCCUCUGGGCGGGCGGCCUCAACGAUGGCACGGGCGGUGUGUUCGAAUCAUGCAUACCUUCUACCGACAUGGGAGCAAAUGGCCCCGGACCUGCUUACCACACAGGGCAUACUAUCCCUUCUGCGCCGCCCAGCAUUAGCGACACCCUGGUGGACGAUAUUUUCGCCAUGGAAGUAACUAGCACCCCUAUCAGUGGCACUAUUGAUUUCCAUGGCGAUAUGUCGAUCGUGUACAGAGACGACGAGGCCCUUGCAGAAGAUGUAUCCAUCAAGACGGAAUCGUUUCAAACAGCUGAAAGCGACUACGACGGAGCGAGGUUUGCGGUUCCAGCAAGUCACCAAGAGUUAGCCGAAGCAGUUAAUUCGCUUGUUGAAGCGGUGGAUGACUUUGAAGCGGAUAUGCAAGGGACGCCAAUUGCAUCAGACUAUGAGAGUGAUAGCGACGGCAGUGUUGUAAUGGUGAAGAGGACAUGUGGAGAAUAG